AAUAAUAAAUAAACAAAAUAUUUGUGUAAAAGAAAUGCUGUUUUGAAUGUGUUUUGGGAUUAAAUUGUUUUGAGAAAAGUCUAAAACAUUAAUUGAUUAGAAUUUAGGGCCAAAUGUUUGUCACAAAAGUACUGAUCAUUAAGUCAUGCAUUUAUACGACAAGACUCGCCACAAGACACCACUCGAUGUGUCAACUGAUGGCCAGAAAUCUGUCCCAAAGCCCUAAUAGCGAUGAUAAACAAAAGCAAUCAAGUCGUGAACAUUUAAACGCUGUUUACCGACAACUGUCCGAAUCGUUGCCACAGUUUUUCUCUUCCCGUCAUUGUUAUCAAAUAUAUUCACCGAAAGUGGUCUUCGAGGACAACAUAAGACACGUAAAGACCAUUGGAUUAAACGAUUACAUCAAACAGUUGUCGUUCAUUAUAUUCUGGGCUCAUAUCAAGUAUAGCUAUAAGGCGUUGGAAGUGUUGAAAAUUACGGAACAUCCGGAGGACAUGACAGUGCGGGUCAGGUGGCGAGUGGUCGGCACUCCUGGCUUUGGCGUUAUGUUGAUGUUCUGGAAGUAUUCCUUUUGGGGCCGAACUAAGAAUCAGAGCAAAGACAGAUCAGAAUGGACGGAUGGCUUCUCGAUAUUUUCUGUUGGCGCCGACGGUCUCGUCCACAAACAUACCGUUGAAAAAAUAAUGCCGGAUGAGGACCGACAGCCAUCGAAGUCCAAUAUAGCCGAUGCUAAGAAUUUGGCAUUUAUUGUAGGAUUUGUGCCACAAGUGUCUCAAUUCGAUAUUAAUUAUCAGCAAUUGUUGUCUAAACUGUUAGAACUGACGACAAAGUGUUCUUUUGGUUGA